GAAAACGAAUAAAUCUGAAAGUAGAAUUUUGGAUAACAAAAGAACCACGUGUGCUUCCAUGAAAUUCAACGUCCGCAGCACGUAAGAACCUUUAUUAAAAAACCGAUCUUUGUGCAGCUUCUACGUUGCAUUUCAGUGGACAGUGACAAAUUUUCUUACGUGCACAAGCAGCGAAUUAUUGCAAAAUAAGACAAGACCUCUUGGGACGCAUUAGCUUUGGAAGGAUGCUCGUCGCAUCCUAAUCCUCGAUAUUCCGUAAAUAUAUAUCUACAUAACCUACAUCGAUUGUCGAAUCGUACUCCAAGUUCUCAACUUGCACGAUGGCCAAGGGCACGUGUCUCGUGUCACGUAAAUCCUUGGAUAUCGGUUCAACGUUUUGCCAGUCGAGACGUUUGACAUUUUUACGCGGGUGCCAAAAUCAAAUAUUAAAUAUGGUGCGGAAAUUUACGGACGACAGGCCGGCUAUUAUUUUGGGGAUCGAAACCAGCUGCGACGACACUGGAUGCGGAAUCGUCGAUACCACAGGAAAGAUAUUAGGCGAAGCGUUAAACUCGCAGCAUUCGACUCAUUUAAAACACGGUGGUAUCAUACCUACAUUUGCCAGCAUUUUGCACAGACAACAGAUUACCACAGUCUGCGAGGAUGCAUUAAGAUCAGCAGAUUUAAGACUGAGGGAUAUAGAUGCUGUUGCGACUACGACUAAACCAGGUCUCCCUUUGUCGCUCGCUGUUGGAAAUACGUUUGGCAAAUACCUCUCUAGAAUCGGUAACAAACCAUAUAUACCGAUACAUCAUAUGGAAGCUCAUGCCGUAACUGUUCGAAUGGUACACAAAAUAUUACAUUACAUUCUACAGGUGGAUUUUCCCUAUCUCGUCUUGCUGGUAUCAGGUGGCCACAGUUUACUGGCAAUCGUUGAAAAUAUCGACAAAUUUUAUCUACUAGGUACUGCAUUAGAUAAUCCACCUGGCGAAGUUCUCGAUAAGAUUGCACGUAGGCUUAAACUUGCAAAUAUACCAGAAUUUUCACGUAUGAGUGGUGGUCAAGCGGUAGAGAACGCAGCGAGCAAAGCGACAGAUCCGAAUAGAUUUUUCUUCGAGCCUAUUCUGACGAAAAAGAGAAACUGCCAAUUCAGUUUUGCGGGUUUGUUAUCGACAGCUUCAAUGUACAUUAACAAAGAAGAAAAAGAAUUUAAUAUCGAGGGCGGUGCAUUAAUUCCGAAUGCGUAUGAUCUCUGUGCUGCGGUGCAAGUCGUCCUCAUAAAGCACAUAUGUCUCAGAACGCAGAGAGCAAUGGAAUUUAUUAACAGUACGAACUUGAUGUCACAGGAAAAACGAACUUUGGUAAUAUCCGGCGGCGUGGCAUGCAAUAACUCGUUGGCAAAGGCUUUAGAGCUUGUCUGUUCCAAGAUGGGUUUUAAAUUCAUCAGAACUCCAGCUCAAUGGUGCAACGACAACGGCGUAAUGAUAGCGUGGAACGGCGCGGAGAGAUGGAUCGCUAACACAGGUAUCAUUCGAGACAGGGAUGAGAUUGAAUCCGUAACCGUUGAGAAAAAAGCGCCGUUUGGAGAGAGCUGGAUUGAAAGGGUGGAAAAUGCGAAUAUAAAAUGUAAAUUGGUUAAAUUAAAAGAAUUCUGAUAUUAAA